GAGAGCCUGAGCUACGUGUUCGACGCCGUGUUCUGGACGCGGCAGCAGAGCGGCAACGAGAUCCCCGUGAUCGGCUUCGCAGGAGCCCCGUGGACUCUGAUGGGCUACAUGGUCGAGGGCGGCGCCGUGCGCAGCUUCGACCGCGCCAAGAAGUGGCUCUACCUGUACCCCGAGGCUUCCAGGAAGCUGCUGACCGCGCUGCGGGACAUUGUCGUGGAGUACCUCGUUGGGCAGUACGACUCUGGAGCCCCGCUUUUGCAGGUCUUCGACACCAACUGCGGCGAGGUGCCCCCGGGCGUCUACGAGGAGUUCAUGGUGGACGACCUCAAGCACAUCGCAACAGAGGUCAAGAAGCGGAGGCCCGGCGCCCUGGUCUCCCUGUUCCCGAAGGACGGCGAGCUCGCCACGUUCAACGACAGCGACUACGACGUCAUCGGAGUCCCCAGGGGCGAAGGAUCGACGAAACCGGAGCUCUCAAGCCGCAAGUGCGCAGUCUGUUCCUGCGCGGCUCCGUUUCGGCCGACUUCCAGAUUCGAGCUUUCGACGGCUGCGGACAUCACGCAGCAGGUCAGUUGGACGACCUCUCCCGCGGAGGCGAGAAGAAUGUGCCCCGACAAGACGUUGCAGGGCAACUUCGACCCGUACUGCUUGUACGCCGACCCUGCCCACGUCAAGGCGACGGCGCAGAAAAUGGUGCGCGAGUUCGGGGUCGACAG